ACUGUUGAUUAAUGGCAGCGAAAGUGAAAGCAUUUCUUGGGUGGAGCGCGCUCUGCUUUUCGGUUCAGCAUUAUAAUUUCAGAUCAUAUGCUGUAGGGGUAGCUAUUCUUGAUUUGUGGAUUGCUCAGAAGAAUUUGACAAAUCUAACUUUGAAAAUGCCGAACGAAUCAAGUUUCACGUUAUAAUUUAGUUAUGUGCUUCAAAUUUCUAUUCGUACAGCAGUGAAUUUCAUAUAUGUGAAGCAAAUACGGAGCUUCUUCUCUUGGUCCAUUAAUUCUUCCAGCGUCUCGUGCUCGGAAAGCUCGUGGAUCGAAGAAGAUGGCUACAUUUGAAGAUUAUUGCAUAAUAACCCAGGAGGACUUGGAGGAUAUUAAAGACACCAUAUCUUCUCAGGAUCUCCCAUCAGCGAUAAGCAUGAUCAAAGAAUACCUCAAACAGCAGGAUCUUGUAGAACUUAACAUUGGUGUGACGGGAGAGUCUGGCUCUGGAAAGUCCACGUUUGUCAAUGCAUUCAGGGGUUUAGGAGAUGAAGAAGAGGGCUCUGCUAAAACCGGCCCAGUAGAAACAACUAUGGUGCCUGAGGUUUACCUUCACCCAAAAUACAAAAAUGUGAAAGUGUGGGAUCUUCCUGGCAUUGGAACACCAAACUUUAAAGCUGAUGAGUACCUUAAACUGGUUCAGUUUGAACGCUAUGAUUUUUUCAUCAUCAUUGCUUCAGAUCGGUUCAGAGAGUGCCACACUCAGCUGGCCACAGAGAUCAUGAGAAUGAAGAAGAGGUUUUAUUUUGUUCGUUGCAAGACUGACUUGAGCAUUGAGGCUGAAAAGAGAAAGAAAAACUUUGACCUGAAAAAGACACUGGAUAUCAUCAGAGAGGACUGUGAAAAGGGUUUGAGAAAGAUCGGUAUAGAUGAUCCUGCCGUGUUCCUGAUUUCUGGAUGGGAGUUUGGAAAGUAUGAUUCAAAUGUUCUGCAGGAGAGGAUGGAGAAGGAGCUUCCACAGCAUAAGAGACAUGUGCUGAUGUUGGCUUUGCCGAAUAUCACACUGGAGAUUAAUGAGAAAAAGAAGAAAGCUCUAGAGCAGGACAUCGGAAAAGUUGCUUUCCUGUCUGCCUGUGUGGCUGCUGUUCCUGUUCUUGGUCUUUCAAUUGCUGUGGAUUUAUCCAUCAUAGCACACGAGAUAGAGAAGUACUGCAACACCUUUGGUCUUGACAAGGAGUCUUUGGAGAAGCUCUGUGAAAGAUAUGGGAAGAGAAUAGAGACUGUUGAGGGUCUGAUUAAGUCAGCUUGGUAUAAAGGAAUAUGCACAGGUUCAAUCGCAACCAUACUAAGAGACAUAUCCUGUCUGAUAACAGAAGAUGCUGUUGAGUCUGUUGUUAGGUUUAUGCCACUUUUAGGCUCUGUGGCGGCAGGAGCAAUGUCCUAUUGGGCUGUGUCAACGAUGCUGAAGAGUGCUCUGAAUGACGUAGCAGAAGAUGCCAGGAAUGUGCUAAUCGGUUUGCUGGAGACUGAAGUGUAAUCAGAAAGAUUUACUGUACCAGCUAUUUAAAGUGGUCAGAAGGUUUAUAAAACUCUAUACUUAAAUGUUCAUUCUUUUGGAAAGAACAAAAUAGUCCUGGCACAUUUUAUACACAGAAUUUUAAUAUACAAUUAUGGUAAAUAUUUGUUAUAUUGAUUUUUGAUUUAAAUGAGUGAUCUAAGAAAAGCAAUACUAGAUACUAAAUAAUAAAUCAAUACCAAAAAUGCAGCCUCAAAAGAUAAUUUAAUUAAAAAGUACUUUAAGAGCACAGCAUGAAACUGCAGUAACAAAUGUGUUGCUUGUUUUCGAGCAUAAAUAUAUAAACAUAAACAGCACUUCUCAGUAUUUUCUACUCAGUAAAACUUGAUACAAAAAGUAAUACAAUUAGGCCUGUUUAACUGUUAAUUAAUUACUAAUAUUCAAUACAAGAAGUGCAAUCUUCCCAUAAAAAGUAACAUUACACACUACAUAAUAAGUGGCAGAUCUAGUUUGCGUUUACAAUCCAUGACUUAAUGCACAGAUCUAUUUUGCUUUACUGUAUCACGUUUUGUCCCAUCCAUAGCUAUGGUUAUCACUAUCAUCACAGUUUCAGAUUCAGUCCAUUUAAAUAGGGUUGUUAUGAAAGCCCGUUUCCACAGUUUAAUGAAGAACAAAAAAAAGGUAAUUGCACGUUUUUUUAUCUCGCAUCUGUGAGUUUAUAUCUCAGAAUUGCAGGAUUUAAACUCGCAACUGUGAGAAUAAAAUCAGACUUGCCAGAUACAAACUCUUAAGUCUGACUCUUGGGGCCACGGGGGCCCUAAGCAGCUGCAUAGUUCGCUUAUGCUUUGGGCCGCUCCAAAUGCAAACGCACAGAUUACCCAACAUUGGUUACACUGUAAUGACAGUGAAAUGACCCAGCAGCUGAGGUAGACUACAGAAAAACUAUGGGUUAAAAAAUUAUAAAA